GCGUGGGCCCCCGCCGGCGUCCUGGUGUACGCCGUGCCGCUGCCAUCUCAGCCUACCGGCAGCGCCAGCGUCCGUGUCGCGCUGAGCAUCGCUCCAGAAAAUCCCGUGAGUCGUUCGUCCGCACAGUCCGACCCACGCACACAUCGGCGUUUGCGUUUUGAUAUCUUGAGCUGGAAAAUAACGAACGUUGUGGUCAAGAUGGCUACGACACGACUGUAUAAAAUGGGCGACGGAAGCAACUAUGCAACCGACUGCUUUCCUGCCAGGAACAUUUUGCACACAAGUAAAGAAGGGGCUGGGCGCUGGAUGCUGGCACGCGGAACUACCCUGAGGGCUCGGACUGAGAAGAGGACCACCAGGAAGACACCAGAGCAGAGGAGAAAGCCCCUAGAUUCUGCCUCCGUGGAAGAAAAUAAUGAAAACAAUGUCCUAGAUGAGCUAUUUCUUAUGAAGCACCAUUGUUUGAAGAACCCUUCCGACCUGCGCUCUGUGAACAUCAGCAGCCAAAAUCUGGUCUCUGCUAAAGAAGAUGAUUUGGAGAAAUUUGAUGGUGUUGCUUUUAUAAAUGCUGCUGAGAACCUGCUGACACUAGAGCCAUUUCGGAAGUUUCCAGGACUGCGGGAACUGCAACUUUCCUUGAACGGACUAAGAAAUCUGAAAAUCACCGCUGGAGACUUCCUGCAUUUGGAAGAUCUGGAUCUCUCCUACAAUAACUUGUCCCCCCAGGACAUUUGGACAUUGGGAGAUUUGUCCCAGCUCAAAGUCCUUCACUUGACAGCCAACGGCCUGCGGUCCCUGCCUCCGGACCUGGCGGGCUCGUGGGACUCUGCUCAUUUAAGGUUUCCAUCUCUGGAGGUCUUGUUGCUGGAUGACAAUCGUCUGUCAGACCCGAGCAUCUUUGUGAGCCUCUCUCGUCUCUGCAGCCUGAGGGAGCUGAAUUUGGACAGGAACGGGAUUUCGGCUGUUCCCUACCUGCACCAAGCUGAGAGCAGGCAGUUCUUCCUCCACCCCGCACUGGAUGGCGAUAGCUUCAGGGCACAGUGGUACAAAUCCCUGAGCAGGCUCUGGCAGCAGUCCCGGCCGCCGCAGCAGGAGGACACGGAGGUGCCAACAGAGCUGGAGACGAAGAAAGGACAGCUUGAAUAUGUUGUGUUACAGAAUGAGAGGGAUCCGGACAGGACGGAUGUCGUUUUUAAUUCUGGCUCUCAGGAACACCCAGCGCUGGUUGUUCCCAGGGAGGGAUACCCAUCUGCCUCUAAGACUCUGCCAGCUCCCUCCACGCUCAGGAACGUUCGUGCUCCCUUUCCUGAGCUGAAACAUCUCAGCCUGGCCUUCAACAAGAUUGCGGAUGAGACAGCUCUCUUACCUGUGGCUUUCUUCCCGUGCCUGAAGGAGCUGACAUUUCACAACAACCCUCUUACCACCACUCGGAGCGGGCAGCCGCCUCUGCUGACGCGGCUUCUCCAGCACAAUCUGGGGAUUAAACUUGUCCGACAGAAGAGCCUAGCCGUGGGGAGGUGGCACUUCUCCAUCCCUCUCAAAGCCAGACGCAAGGUCAUGUCGCAACUCCCCAAAGUCACGAAGCAGCCGCUGAUGCUGGAAUCUCCUGCCAAGACCUUUCUGUGGAAACCGCUCCCAGCUGCGGUAGAGGCUGCGAGAGAUGCUGCACCUCUGAGUCCAGCCCAGCCGCUGCCCCCCAUCAGCUCCAUGACCCCAGCCAGCGACCAGCGGAUGGCACUGGGGGAAGGGGAGGGUGACUCCAGGCCUCCUCCUGGCCCCGUCGAGGAGGACAUUGCAUCCUUCUUUAUAACGCAGGUGGAGGAUGUGUCCAGACCCCUGCUGAGACCUGUGGCAGAGGGCAGGCUGAAGAAGAGGAGCGAGCAGAGGGGGGAAGGAAGCUCCCAGGUGGUUCCAGAGCGAUACAAAGGCUACGAGGAGCUGCUUGGUGGAGAAACGGACCCAGAUUUUAUCGAGCCAGUUAGGAUACAGAAUAACGUGCAGGCGUUGUACUCCAUCCUGAAACACGCCCUGGUUUACCGGGAUGCCAAACCACGUCUGGACAGUGUGCAGAAGCCCUACGUGCCUCGGGAAAAGCGUAGGAGGAUGCCCGACCCUCCUGCCCGAAAGACAAAAGCAGAGGCCUUGGAAGGAAUCCUGAUGGCCAUGAGAAACACCUCGACCAUCACUGAAGUCCCCUUGGCGUCUGUUUUGCAAAAGAGGAAAUCCAGCCCCAAAGCAUACCGGGAAGCACGGAGGCUGAUGGAGGAAUUCCAGGAGGUGUUCGAGAUCCUGCCCGCAACCAUUGGCAAGGAGAUGGCCAAGCCGUCAGAUGAGGCGCAGGUGCUAAAAGCCCUUCUCGAAGAGGCAACACCCAAGCAGGGGAUUCCCAAACAGCUAGAGCUGCCAGGGAAGAGAGCGGCGAAGAAGGUGCCCAAAGUUUAG